UUUUUUUUUUUUUUGGUCCUUCUCUCCUCCUUCCUUCUUUAUUCUUCGUUUGCUCUCUCGUUCUGUCGUUUUCCAUACACACAUAACCCCUCACUUUCCUUCAACCUAUGUGCAAUAGCAACAAAAGCGGACCAAAAUGGAAACGAGAAUUCGUUCAAGACCAUAAAUUUGAUUAUGUCGAUAUCGAUGAAUUCUACGAUCCUUCGUGCACGACACGUAUCGGCUAUCUUUUCGUCUAUUUACUGAUCCUCAAAGCCUUCUCCGUCUAUGUGGCCGAUUUAUGGACAGGAGUUUCACUGUUAGUAGUGGGCCAAACGAUCUCUACGGCAGCGAUUCCACCCGAUGUAUCCAAGUAUAUUUUCUUGGGCGCUAUUCUCAUCUCUUUCCUGUUACUGUUCUGGGAUAUUCGUAAAGCUCGCAACAUCAUUGCAUCACGCGAUAUUUCUUACGCCUUCACUUCGGUCAUUGGAAAUCGUUACUAUUCUGUCAAAGAUUAUAAAUAUUACUGCUUGUUCUGCAAAAUUAACAAAUCUCGCAAAUUCACCGACGAUAUUGCAUUUUUUGUCUUUUUUACUCUCAAAGGAUGGAAACGAUUGUUAUUAGCGGAAGCUCCUCGUCAAGUGAUCAACGUCGUUACGUUGCAAGCGCUAGUUCCUGAAUGGAUCAAAAAAGCUCAGAAUGGUACUCCUAUCUAUAAUGCGUUAGGCAAAGACGUUGUGCAACAAAUCAUGAUGGGAACUAUGGCCUUCUCGUUUGUAAUUUUUGCCAUGUCGUUUAUUCUCGUUUGCGUCGCCGCAGUGAUGUAUAUUCCUCUGCUAUGCCAUAUUCGAGGUAACCUGAAAGAAUAUUGCUGCCACAAAGUAGAUAAAAGAAUUUCUGAGCUACUGCGAAAACAAGCUCGACAGCGUGUGGAACGAAACCAACGUGCUGGAAGCGGUGGCCACAAGAAGAAGUCAAAGAAAGAGUUGAUCGAAAUGGAAACCGUACCGCAGCCGACCUUACCCAAAGUUGACCUUGAGACGCCCAAUCAUCCCGUGUCGCCGUCAUCCCAUUACGCAGCUUCGCGACCUUAUUACUAUCCAAAUGAUAACAAGCUCAACAACAUGAUGCCCUCUCGAUUGAUGCGACGAAACAGCGGUUCUUCCAUGAGUAGCGAUCAGAUGGGUUUGGUGUCGAAUGCUCAGGCACAGCCAUGGUCGGCGCAACCCAACUAUAACUACCAGCCUGGUUAUUACGACACUCAUUCGACUCGUCAGCAUCCACCUUCUGCGAGUCCCCAGUUAUCCGCCUCCAAUACGUACGCAACUUUACCGUCUUACCACAGCCAGCCGCAGUUGCCAUAUUCCCAGCCCUACCAACAGUACCCACAGUAUCCUGGAUACCAGAACCGUUACUAAAACCCUCUUUUCCCUCUCUUUCUUGUA